CGUAUUUUGAUUCGGUUUAGGGUCGUUGCCUGGAAGGCAGGGAGCGGGGUCUCCGCGAGUUGAUCGACGAAAUUGAGUGCUUCGAACGUUUGAAGAAGUUAAAAGUUCGUUGAAAAUUUUGAUCAUGGCUCGCGGGCAGCAGAAGAUUCAGUCGCAGCAAAAGGCCGCUGAGAAGGCGGCGAAACUUAAGAAACAGCAAGGCCACGGAUUGAGUGAUCAGGCGAAGGCGGCGCAGAAGGCACUGAUUCACACUUGUAGUGUCUGCAAAUCUCAAAUGCCGGAUCCCAAAACUUACCGACAACAUUUCGAAAACAAGCAUCCAAAAAAUGCUCUUCCCGACGAUUUGAAGGAUGUUGUAGCGUGAAUUAAAGACAAGUUAUUACUUCAUUCGCAGAUUAUCCUGUCUCGAUUAUAUUUUUGCAUCACUUCUCGCAGCAAGUUUCUUCCGUUCGAGCGCAAAGUAUAAAUUCUUCCUGUUUCAGUUUCACGAGCGUUUUGUGUUGGUUUUCCUUGCCCUGAUUCCUGAUGUUUUGUACGAUCUUGUGUGUUGUCCCGGGUUGUGUGGAAUGAACCAUUGACAGACGGAAUGAAGAACGAUUACAUGCGACU